AUGGUAUCCACUCUACGAAACAUCGACAAGUCGAAAGCCUUGAAAGAAGGAUGCAAUGCCCCUCCUGGCAGCCAAAAAGACGAAAUCGAGAAAUUUGCUGCCUACGGCAUCACUCCGCCGCGAAAGAAUGCAAAGAACUGGUGUUCGUUCGAUGAAACUGUGAAGAAAAUAGUGAAGGACUUCCCGAAAGAGUGGAAGAAUGGAGCAUUUGAGGAGAAGAGAAUCCUUCUGUUCCUGUACAGCCGAGGCUUCUUUCCAAAAACAAAUCGUCAGCAUCGAAAAGGGGACGUCCAGGAGAUGCUACGACGGAAGCUUGGGACUCGAACACGCAUGCUGCAAGUCCUCGAUGCCGAUGGAGACAAGGAUCUGUCGUCGCGGGAAGAUAAGGAAGCGCACUUUGUCAGCACUUGCUUGUCGGUUCAUCGAUACUUUCAGCAAAAGGGCAGCAACGGAUUCAAGAAAGACAUGUCAACGAAACUCCUAAAUUGCAUUGCCCAAGACAACGGUGGUGAUUCCGUGGCAGCGCUCCAGAACCUCGAACGUCUUUUCUUCGAUUACGACUUUGACGACCGAAAUCGAAUUCCUGACUCAAUAAGAACUCAGAGGUUGUCCCAAGCGACAUUCUUGUCUUCCGUCGUGGAUGUCAUCCAAAAAACACCCAUUCUCGUGAGCAAGUUUUGCGUGCCCAAGGAUUUCUUUUGUAAGGGUUUCAAGAAGAACCUGCCGGGAUAUGCGAGGUUCAUGGAAUGGAACCAACCAGCUGAGUUUGUUUCUUUGGAGGAAAUCACUGAUCCUGAACUUGAGAAGUCCAUGGAAGAACGUUGGAGGGCCGACUGCAAUACCCCCAAGAAAGCAACCUUCUGGCCUGACGAUUUCACUGCCAUGCCUGCGUCCAUGUCCAUGGAUGGUCUCGAGGGCAAAGGAGGUGAAGGUCUGGUUGAUACUUCAUCCAACAACGACGACACCGAAGAAGAGGAUUCGUCGGGAUCUGAAGAUUGCAGCGACGACGAGCAGUCCCAGGGUUCGGACGAAGGUGAUGAUGCAUUGCACGCCAUGGUAAUGCUCGGGACACGUCUUGUGGGCGGGAAGAGGUACUGGUUGAUUCAAAACUCGUGGGCCGACGGAGGCAUGCAACUGCUAGAGAUGAGCACGGAGUACCUUCAAGAGUCCGGCGCUGUUCUAAACUUCUUUGACGAAAUUGGCCGCCAUUUGAAAACGAAGGAGUCGCUGAGUGUUCCGGUCCAGCUUUGCCCAUCACCCAUCGCCGAAAGCAGCCAGCUUGAGCGCUCUGAUUGUGGAAACUGGGGAGAAAGCCUUCUCUUUGAGGUCGGAGGAAAACGCGGAAGUGCUGCAGAACGGAACGCGAGCACCAUCAACAUGUAG